GUUCAAGGCACGCCAUCCUGUAUAUGACGGAGUUGUUGUCCCUCUCAAAACUGGACGUGCCCAAGGAAAACAGGAGUAUGCCGGCUAUGGUGUCAUUGAACUUCCGAAGUAUGGUGUUGAUGGCGUGUACCCAAACGAGGGGUUGACCCUCAGAAAGCGCGUGCGACUCGGCCUGCAGGAUUGUCUCGCAGACAUCACGGCUUUGACACCGAAUUUCAAAGAGGUGGUGAUCGAGUCCAAUCUCCUGGCUUCCCUCUGGUUACAGUCGCCCUCUCGCUAAGAAGAACUGGACGAGCGGGCUCGACGCAUCUACCGCUUGACACGCGAAAGCAAUGCUCGCGAGCGUGAGCGCUAUGAAGCAGAAGAUCACAAGUCUGAGGAGUCUAAAGAGUCCGACCUUGAGAUCGACGCCAUGGAUGGCGAGAACGAAGACUACGACAAUGACGACUACAAUGAUCCUUCCCACCUUGAAACCUAUGCCUACCCCGACUAUCUUCUUUAUUUGGUAGCGAGAGCUACGCACCGUCAACGACUUCGGCUCUCAUCGCUAAGCUCGAUCAAUCCAAAUGCGUUCUCAUUGCGUGCUCGGACUUUCGUCGAACUCGCUCCGGCGUUACAAAGUGUACAGCAUCUGAGGAUUAGUGUCAACACAAGCAACGCUACGAAGUUGAUGCGGAUGAAUGGCUCAGCAUUAUAUCGCCAUGAAAUCGCCCAGUCUACGGCUGUAUCUUUCGGCCAAGCACUUAGUACGCUGCGCAAUCUGAGAAGUCUGAAGCUCACUUUUGAUGAUUACUACUGGGAAGAUGAUCGCAACUCCAACAUUUCCAGGAGCCUUCAUAGCUUCCAUUACAGGAGUUCUAAACAUCUCACCUCUGUCGAUAUCCGUCUUACAUCUUUUCAAGGACAAAAAUUGUACGGUUUCCUCCACAAACAGAGGUCAACACUCCAGCAGCCGGCCCUCCGCCGUAUCACCUUGACCAGUGUCGAACACUGGCGACCAAUCUUAACUUUGAUGCUCGGGGAGAUGUCACUUCUCACGAGAGCACGUUGUUCGGAGCUUACAGGCGGAGAAGGAUUUGGUGAUACCACGCAAUCACUCAAUCGCACUGAAGGCUGGAAAAAAUGCUGCAUCAUCGACUGCUUCGGACGCAAGGGUAUCAUGAUCGGACUGAAAUAGCCUCUCGAAGCUUUCUCUAUUGCCACACCCUGAAAGGUACCAAGAAAGAGCCCAGUAAUUAUCUCGUCCGCCAUAUACAAAGCGCAAUCACAAGAUCAUCUACAACCAAUGCGAUUCGCAAAGAGUCCGCCAAUCAGGCGAAAUGCUCCUCCAAAUAAUGCUGCCUUAAUCUAAU